ACUUUAUUCUAAGAAAAAUGGCAUGUAUCAAAUAUUAUAUGUCUCUCUUUUCUAUGGUUAUUUGCCUCACAACCAUGGCUGCCACCAGCUCUGUCGUAGCGUCGCCACCGGCAGUCAAAGCUGCUUACUGGCCUUCAUCGUCUGAGAAUUUCCCUCCAUCAGCCAUAAAGACAUCUUUGUUCACACAUAUAUACUAUGCCUUUCUUAAUCCGAGUAACAUUACAUACAAGUUUGAAAUCACGAAUUCGACGGCUAUUCUUCUGUCCAACUUCACCACCACCCUCCACCACAAAACUCCAAUGGUGAAGACGCUUUUCUCAAUCGGUGGUGGUGGUUCUGACUCUACACUCUUUGCUCUCAUAGCUUCCAAUCCUCAGUCACGUAAAGUGUUCAUAAAUUCAGCUCUUGAGGUUGCACGUAAAUUUGGGUUUGAUGGGCUGGACCUUGACUGGGAGUUCCCUAAAACCCCAAAAGAGAUGCAUGAUUUGGGCCACCUAUUUCACGAAUGGCGGCUCGCAAUUGACAACGAGGCUAAGGCCACAAACCAACCUCCUCUACUGUUCACUGCUGCCGUAUACUUCUCCGUAGACUUUUUCGUUGACAAAAUCUACCGAAAAUACCCAGUUGAUUCAAUUAUUCAAAAUCUAGAUUGGGUUAGUCCAAUGUGCUUUGAUUAUCACGGGUCUUGGGAUAACACGACAACGGGAGCCCACGCCGCAUUGUACGACCCAACGAGCAACGUAAGCACAAGCUACGGGCUCAAAUCGUGGCUAAGGGCCGGUGUACCGGAAAGCAAAUUGGUUAUGGGCCUUCCUCUCUAUGGGAAGUCUUGGAUUCUAAAGGAACCAAAUUCUAACGGGAUUGGAUCACCAGCACUUGCAAUUGGCCCAGGAGAGGAUGGUGUGCUGGUUUUCUACAAAGUGGAGGAGUUUAAUAAGAAGAAUGGUGCCACUGUGAUUUAUGAUUUGGAAAGUGUAUCCACAUAUUCAUUUGUGGGCUCAACAUGGAUCGGGUAUGAUGAUCCCAUAUCAACCACUAUAAAAAUUGGGUAUGCGCAGGCCCUUGGGCUUCGUGGGUACUUCUUUUGGGCCGUCAGUUUCGAUCACGAAUGGAAAAUUUCAACCCAAGCUUCCAGGGCAUGGAUUCUCAAUGAUUGGAAUGAAACUCCGUAGUUCAAGCGUGGAGAUUUUUUUUUUUUUUUCGGUUGGGUUG